CUCUGCCUCGCUCAGAUUUAUCAGCUUUAGCUAGAGAAGGCAAAUGGCGGGCGGUAGGAUUGCUCAUGCCACCUUGAAAGGACCAAGUGUUGUUAAGGAGAUAUGUAUUGGGAUUGCACUUGGCUUGGCUGCUGGUGGUCUUUGGAAGAUGCAUCACUGGAAUGAGCAGAGGAAAGUUAGAGCAUUUUAUGAUUUGCUAGAAAAAGGUGAGAUCAGUGUGGUUGUAGAAGAAUAAAUUCUGUUUUUGGGCAUCAAUUUUUUUAUGAACAGCUUCAGCAGUGUUUCAGACCUUUUUUUUUACCCCCUUAUAUAGCUCUUAAAUGGAGCUUAAACAUCUUUGAAUAAAUUUCUUGUUUUGAGUUGUGGAGUUACAUCUUGGUUUGCGUACGCGUAUGAAGUUUAAUGGAUUUCCAUAUCUUUUCUGGCU